AUGGUGUAUGGGGGAAAACUGUCAAAGGCAUGUGAGCCAUGCAGAACACGGAGAGCAAAGUGCGAUUUUAUUUCUCCAGAAUGUAGUCAAUGUCUAAGAACGAAGAGAAAGUGUCACGGGUAUCGAGACACGGAGGGCUUAAGAAUCAGCGAUAUGAGCGCAAUCGUUGUCAAGAAGUUUAAAGCGCGCAGCGAUGAAGACUCCACCAACGUGCCUCUUCCUGCAAGCUGUCCUGAUUCUUCUGAAUCCGGGGGCCCAUUGGCUAUAAGCCCUGUCUUGACUGUCCCAAUAGAUGACCGUGCCUUUUACUACUUCCGAACCACGUUCGUCAUUGGUAAUGCCCGCUCGUUCAGGUACCUAGAGUCCCUUUACGAGUAUGGAGACAUGGAUGACCACCUCUCGGUGAGCAUCCGCGCUGUAGGGCUGGCAAGCCUGUCAAAAGCAGCUCGGUCAACCGACCUUGAAAAUCAGGCCAUGCGGUCUUACGUAGCCGCCCUACGAAUGAUCAACUUGGCCAUUACCUGUUCGAAUGUAGCUACCAACGACACUACCCUAUCAGCAAUUAUGCUUCUGGAUCAGUUUGAGAAGAUAAUCCCACCGACAGCUCGAACCACUCAAGCAUGGACAAACCACCUCAACGGCGCCACAGCCUUAAUGAAAAUGCGUGGCCGCCACCAAUUUGAAACGAAAGCCGGGCUGGAGAUAUUUAUCCAGAUGAGCUCCCACCUGCUCGUCUCGUGCAUGCAGCACACGAUUGCCCUUCCAGAAGAUUACCUAACCCUUCGCACCUACGCAACCAACUUCCUCGACACUAAUGACAUCGCAUGGCGCUUGUCUCAAGUUACAGUACGUUACAUCGGUUUCCGCGCCGCGAUAAAGUCUGGCAGUUUGUUUGAUACAGAUACCAUCAUCGCAACUGCCACUGACAUGGAUUCCGAGAUGGUAGCCCUGAUGGGCGAAUUUCCACCCGAGUGGAUGCCGUCCCACUACGACUUCUACAUCGACUACCGGCUAGCCGAGGGCCUUAACAUGGUACGUGCGGGCCGAAUACCUCUCCUUGACCUGAUCAGGGAACAAUGCGAAGCCGCACCCGUGUCAUCGGGUUCCUGCCAAGAAUUCGAGCGCUAUCAAUGUGUACAACGCGUUAAAGACAACGUUGCCGAAAUGGCGGGUUUGAUAUGUGCUUGUGUACCGCAACUAGCCGGCUAUUUCCCUUUUCUCGGAACCGGCUCAUCCCCAGGCUCACCGGAUAGCUAUACGGCUCCUGGUUCCGUGAAAGACAUGAAGUUAGAACUCUCCAACGAAGCGAGUGCGUAUUCGCUCCUUUGGCCGCUAUUUACUGUUGCAAAUUCUCGUGCUUGUCCAGAGGAUGUGAAGACUUGGAUUAUUGGCCAGUUAAGGAUUCUUGGGAAGCUUUUGAAUUCGGAGCAAACGUUGGAGAUAGCUGAUGGCUUGGCGAGAGGGGAGGAAAGAGAUAUUUGGAGUGUUUAUGCCUUGUUAGGGAGUAUUUGCUAUUCUGUUACUGGUGCUUGA